AUGUUUAUCCACUCAGACUGCACAGACGAAGAAUUCCUAGCAAUAUCAAAAGAGCUAGAGUCCCAGAAUAUAUUUUACCAAGUGAAAGAACUAGUCUUAAAAGAAAUAAAACGCCACAUCCGUGAGAAGAUAGCUCCCAAAUUUUGGCACGAGUUCCAGUCACUGGACAGCGACGAUGACAUCGAGAAAUAUGGGUUCGAGCGGUUCAAAACCGCAGUCGACAAUCUGUACACCGACUCGAUAGAAUUCUUGCCAUUGCUAAAGCGACUAGAAGAACUUACAACCUCUAAUUACUUGUUGUACGGAGAACCUAAUCAUCUAGCUCAAUUCAAAUUGCUGUUACGAGCCACUCUGUCUAAUCAACUGCCGCUGGCUCAUGAAACUAUCAUCGAGUUGUUUUAUAAGGUUGCUUUUAAUGUCUUCUGCAACACUGACGCUGAUUCAAACGAUGACGCGGUAGAGUGUCGCGGUUGCAGCAAAGACUUGGAUAAUUGCGAGUGCCAGUCCAUCGUAUUUAUAUUCCACGAGACUAAUAGAAAAUUGAUGGAAUUGGAGUUACUUGAGAGAUUAGUCGGCAAUGUACUGACAUCUUUAAUUCACAUUAGGAUUAAAGAGCAUGUACAUCAGAUGUGUGAUAAAUUAUUUGAUGUUUCUCAGCUUAAUGCGCUUGAUAAUUGGCUGGAAACAGUAGUAAUGAGCUGGUUGACCAGAAUUUACUCAGGCGGUUCAUCAAAGACAGAAACGCUAAGUGAAAAUAUCCGUGAAGCAAUAUUAAAAUUCAAAAGAAAAUUAUCUCACUAUUUAUAUGAAACUUACACAAAGAUCAGAAUCGAACAAUUAUUUGAUAUAAUAAUUGACUCACAGCCAGCAAUCGACGACUUGCGUUUAUGCCUAGAACGAACAGAUCUCCAAAAAGCCUUGGUUGUAAACUUACAAACAGCUUUAAAAAACCGAUUGCUCCACGCAGGUGUCAACACUCCUGAUGUAUUAACGGCAUACAUCGCAGCAAUAAAAGCGCUUCGUCAACUAGACCCUACUGGAGUUUUACUAGAAACAGUGUCAGAGCCAAUAAAGUCUUAUUUACGCAGUCGUAGUGACACUGUUCGGUGCGUAGUCAGCGGACUGCUGGAUGAUUUUCCAAGUGAUCUCGCAGAUGAGUUAGUAAAAGGAGAACCUCUCCAGCUGGACGAUGGGUCUGCUGAUGAAGAGAGUGAAGACUGGGAAAAAUGGAUGCCUGAUCCUGUUGAUGCUGAUCCUGCAAAAUCAAACCAAAGACGGAUGUCAGAUAUAAUUUCUAUGCUGGUGAACGUCUACGGAAGCCAGGACCUUUUUGUUAACGAAUACAGGACCCAAUUAGCAGACAGAUUACUCUCUCAGCUGAAUUAUCACACAGAGCGCGAGGUCAGGCACCUCGAGCUGCUGAAACGCCGCUUUGGAGAGAAUCAAUUACACUUCUGUGAAGUUAUGCUUAAGGAUAUUUAUGACUCGAAGCGCAUCGACGGGUUGAUUCAGUCGAAUGUCAAUUACACCGCGGAGAAAUCUGCGUUUGACACUUCGGCGCUGAUCUUGUCCGCGCAGUUUUGGCCGCCGUUUAAAGAAGAGUGGAAACUUCAGCUGCCUAAGUUCGUUCAAGACCAGCUGGAUAAAUAUGUCAAGGCUUAUGAGACCCUUAAGGGCAACAGGACUCUUAGCUGGAAGCCACAUUUGGGAAAUGUUCACUUGGAAAUUGAAUUGAAGGAUCGGAAGCUUGAUCUUAAUGUCGCUCCUAUUCAUGCGACUAUUAUUGUGUUGUUUCAAGAUAAAAACGAAUGGACCAUCGACGAAUUAUCAGAAGCGAUGCACAUACCAGCGACAGUAAUCCGCCGGAAAAUAACUUUCUGGGUGUCCCAAGGCCUUUUAAAGCAAACAUCAACAGACGUGUUCCACCUCCAAGAAGAAAGCUCGAACAAAAACCGAGUGAUCUCUGAAGUGAUCGAGGAAGAAGAGGUCGAGAGCGCGAUGGCUUCAGCUAGCGACCAGCGGGAAGAAGAGCUUCAAGUUUUUUGGUCUUACAUUGUCGGAAUGCUCACUAAUUUGGAUUCCAUGCCACUGGAGAGGAUCCACCAGAUGCUGAAGAUGUUCGCGUCCCAAGGACCGGGUGCUGUCGAGUGUGGAUUGCCAGAGUUGAGGCAGUUCCUAGAUAAGAAAGUUCGCGAACAUCAACUGCUUUACUCUGGAGGGCUCUACCGACUUCCUAAAAUCUGA